AUGGGUGUCAAGUCGGUGCGUAAAGUCUCCAGGAUUUCUGUUUACUCUUCUGUUCUACUUUACUAACAUGUCUUUAUCCUGAUCUAGCGAGAUCGAAAGUAUCGUGAGGUCACUGGGGCCACCGGCAAGGAGAAGAAGUCCGAGCGGGAUAUGCAUGAACUUAAGCAAGAGCUUGAGAUGGACGAACACAGAAUAAGCCUCGAAGAACUGUAUGCUCGUCUUGGCACCAAUCCGGAAUCCGGCCUUACCAGUGAACAGGCAAAGUAAGCACAGUUUGACGGUUUGUAUGUUUUAUGUCAGGACACGCCUUGAUCGUGAUGGACCGAAUGCAUUGACGCCUCCCAAAACAACACCCGAGUGGGUGAAAUUCUGCAAAAACUUGUUUGGAGGAUUUUCGCUACUUCUGUGGAUUGGUGCUGUCCUUUGUUUCAUAGCCCAUGGUAUUCUUGCUAGUGUUCAGGAACAUCCAUCUAAUGAUAACGCAAGUUGGCAACUGCAUUCUUAAUAAUCAGCUUUAUAUCUUUGAACAAGAAUUGCGUAGAAAACAUUCCCUUUAUUUGGUUUGAUAUAUUAUGUAAACAGUAUUGUGAAAUUGGGCCAACACCUGCCACUCAGAUUAUACUUUUGGUCAGUGUUGAGGCGGCCAUGAUUACGUCAGCUUAUUCCUAACAUCCUUUCUGGGUCUCCACAUUUGCUAUCGUUCUUCAUUUUUGCGUGCGGUGAGCCGCAAUGACUGCGUAGAAAUUGUAGCUCGGAACCUGUGGGUGGUCAUUAUCGCCCUUUCAUAGAUUUACUUUAACUUGUGCCCGAUCUCAUUUAUAUCUGCGCGGUGUUUCUGUCAAAACUGUGAGUUUCGUAUCAUGCGCACGUAAUAUUCAGUUGAUGUCGCAGCAUCUACAGUCUCGGUGUAAAUGACUUCUUUCCUGUUGGCCUUGACAUUUCGGCUCUUAUUGCCAGUCACUAGUAGAACCCGCCUUUCAAUUUCCAAUCUAAUGUCUUUUUGAAAAAUAAACAGAAAUUCGGGGAGCUUUUGAGAAGUAGUUUUAGCUGUUACCUAUGCCUUAAGGCUUUCUGUUUUGCGCCGGUGAUAUAAUCAUUUUUAGAUUGGUUGUUGACCUAUUCACUGUGCUUCAUUUGGGAUUUAUUUGCUUUCAGAUUUAUGUUGUUGUGGGCCAAAACUAUGGUCUCUUUGUAACGGGUACCCAAUACCUUGUAUUAACUAAGGUCAGAGUAUACAUAUUACGCUGAAAAGUCAGGUAGUAUAAAUUUGGCGGUAAAGUCUCAAAAUGCCACCUCGAAUCCCCAUUGUCUAAUAAUGCCAUAGACAAAUUAGUUUGGUUGCUAUUUUCUUACAUUCACUCCCGCCCGUCGUCGCAGUUCGAGGGCGUAAUGCAGUACUUUUUAGCCUUCCAGCAGAUCAUUUUGUGCAUUGCCGUCUGUUUUUAUGUCGCUUUUAUCCUUUUAGCUGUACUUGGGUAUCGUGUUAACUGCUGUAGUCAUCAUAACCGGAUGCUUCUCGUACUACCAAGAAUCAAAAUCCUCUAAAAUUAUGGAAUCCUUCGCGAAGAUGGUUCCUCAGGUAUGCCGUUGUCAAGCAUUUUUCCUCGUGAUUUUUUUAACACUGAAACAGUUUCAAGUUUCUUGAUUCCUAUUUAUUAAUUCCUCACUCAUUCUUGCGGAAAUUUUCUUUCUGUACGUAGUGCCUUUACAAUGUUAGGUUCGGCUAGUGGACACAGGCCUCUUUUACACGAUUUCUUAUCUUUCAUUCUGCCUUCUAUCCGUAGUUUGCUGUGGUUAUUCGCGGCGGCCAAAAAGUUGACGCUCCGGCAGAAGCCCUCGUUGUUGGCGACAUCAUCGAGGUGAAGUUCGGUGAUCGUGUGCCUGCCGACAUUCGUAUUAUCAAGGCCAGCUCCUUCAAGGUUCGUUUUCAUUAGCAUUAAUACCAGUGCUCCCCCUCCAGUACACCACUCCUCACUGCAAAAGCAAGAGACGCAGCCAAUUUUUAACAAAAGUGAACUUUAAUUGGGAUUACGCCGCUCUGCAUGGUCACCAGUUUCAUGGCUGUAUUUAGGCAGUAAAUAAACAAAUCCGAGGAUGACGCCAACUAAUCCAGCGUUUUAAUCGCACACGUUAAUUGUUUACCUGGAAACGAACAGGUUUACGGAUUCUUGCCCUGGAAAACAGUAGAUUUCAGUACACGAGCUAGCACUAGCCGCCGAACUCGGUAUUGUGUUGCUCUUACUACGCCCGACAUAAGCGCGUUCCUCGUCUGUUUACUGUGAAAAUUUGUUUUGUUUAUGCUCGGAUUUUGUGGCCAGCAGCCAUCACCAUAUGCCAACCACUUCCACGUUUAUUUUGAAACUGAUAACGUGGUUUAACUGAUAACGCGUAACCUGAUGAUCUGAUAACUAUUGACUUUGUCUAGCUGCAACAGAAGCAACUUCCCAAGUUUCGGAUAUUCUUUACGUAUCGUUUUCAGUCUUGUUUGACCUUAGCAUUUUUAUUGCCCGAAUGACCUGUGCUAACGUGCUAUGUGCCUUUCUGGAUGCAUGCAGGGUAGGCUAGGCGUAGAACGUCUUGGGCAAAGAAAAAUGACUCUGUAGCAAGCUAUCCGCCUGCUGAUAAUUCUGCUUUUACGCUGUUCGCAUUAGCGCUACCAAUCCUGGAUCAUUGUACUUCCCUUAAUAUCCUGUCCCGUGAGAAAUAUGUCCGUUGGGCUCAAUAUUUAUCCUGCCCGCAGUGCUCACCGGCUGGACCCCAUUUCUCCUGAAUGAGACUGACGACAGUCCUUGUUUAAUUACUUCUUUUCGGUUGAUAGAUUACAUUAUGAGGCAAAAAACGCUUACUUUUGCAGGUCGACAAUUCUGCGCUUACCGGAGAAUCCGAGCCCCAGUCAAGAACUUCUGAAUACACAAAUGAAAAUCCCCUUGAAACUAAGAAUUUGGCCUUCUUCUCUACUAAUGCUGUGGAAGGCAAGUUUUCCUUACAUCCUUCCUCUGACCUUUUGAACCUUUAGAGUUCCCGUUGUUGUUUCUUGAUUACUGUUUGCCGUAUCUUUCCAAUGUGUCACAGGCACUUGCCGGGGUAUCGUCGUCGCUACCGGUGACCGUACAGUCAUGGGUCGUAUUGCGAACCUAGCUUCUGGCCUGGAAACGGGUACGACCCCCAUUGCCAGAGAAAUUGAACACUUUAUCCACAUCAUUACUGGUGUGGCUGUCUUCCUCGGCGUGAGCUUCUUCAUCAUCGCAUUCAUUCAGGGCUACUUCUGGCUGGAAGCCGUCAUCUUCCUUAUUGGCAUCAUUGUCGCCAACGUACCUGAGGGCCUCUUGGCCACUGUAACGGUACGUUUUCCGUCCACAUUUAUUCCGCCGUUUUUUCUCUAAAGGGCAUUGUACACAAGCUAUUAAUGUGUGCCAUUUUUGCCCAACCUUUUGUCUGUGAGAAUGCAGACAACUGUACGUUUGGCAUAGAAACACCCUGGGAGUAAGGAACACUACAUUGGAUUAUCUAAAACGCGCGCAUUGCCUGGUUUUGCGGUCAGUGGUUCACUUCUUAACUUCGAAAUCACAUCGUCUUAUUCAUAGCCUAAGCAGUUGCCAAACGUUGUUUGCCAGGUACUUGAGGUUUUGUAUAAAAGCGCUUGCUAAAUCUAAAAUAUCCCGUCAGGCCAGUUUUUUCGACGAGUUCUCCGGACAAUUCCGAAGGAACUUCUGGAGUUAUCUUUUAUAACUGCGGGGUUACCAAAAUCACAUUACAACGUUGUGUGGCCUUCUGUUGAGCGGGUCCCCUCGCAGUCGCUCUACCCAGUUUCACAAAAUUGGCGAAAUACAUAUCUGAGGCUUCUAACUGGUGCUUAUGUUGUGGGUAUGAUAACCCAUUUUGCAGUUUAAAACACGUGCUAAAUCCAGUCAUCCUGCGAUGUGUGGCCAGUCUAGAAGAUAAUCCCCACUUCCUAUAUUACGUUGAUUAUAUUGCAUCUACGUCUAUCGUUGCUAGGUGUGUUUGACCCUAACGGCAAAGCGAAUGGCCAGCAAAAACUGUCUGGUUAAGAACUUGGAGGCCGUUGAGACUUUGGGCUCUACCUCAAUCAUCUGCUCGGAUAAGACGGGUACCCUGACGCAGAACAGAAUGACUGUUGCUCAUAUGUGGUUCGAUGACAAUGUCUUCGAGGCUGAUACAUCUGAUGAACAGUCGAGUAGGUUUUACUGGGAAAAUUUCUUUCGAUAGAAUGCAUAUGCCAUGUGUGUUGGACUUGUAUACUAACGAGAUCACCGUAAUUAUUUUUAAUUCGGCUUAAGCUUUUUUUACGCAUCUUUAGCUCCAGACACUUUUCCUCUUGCUCCUCGAGUACAUCUUUGGGUGCGUUUGAGGGCGCGCCUUUGUUGAGUUCCCUCCUUCAUCUGGGUUGGCAUUUAUAUUAGCGCCAUCAUACUCCUGGAGGAUGUUGCAAAAGGUUGGUGAACUGCUUGCUGUAUCUCGAUAUACCACCAUCGUGCGUACCAUUGUGCUUUAACAUGCUACAGUUAAGGUCCUUUCGCUCUCGGUAGACGACCAAUAUCACGGUAACCUUCCUUUUCUUUGACGUAGAUCAUGCGGCAACGAUUGUAGUGAAUUUCAAGUGCCAGCUUUUACCCCCUCCGUUUCCUUGAGUUUGUAAUCCAGUAAUCCAUUCGAAUCCGUCCAUCUUCAUAAUUCUCUGGAACUUUUCUUUUCUGCCUCCAACCUGUCUGCAGAACCCCUACGUCCUACGUCUUGUCUAUCCUUCCCUUUUUACGGACGCCACCUAGUGAAUCCUUUCUCAUUUGUGCGGGGAGUCGCCAGCCAAAGCUCAUGACAUUUCUAUUUCCUUUCUGUGUAAAGCUGCCACACACAACAAAGAGUCCUCCACAUGGUUGGCCCUGGCCCGCGUCGCUAUGCUCUGCAACCGAGCUGAAUUCAAAGUUGGUGAAGAAUCAAAACCUGUACUCAAACGUGAAUGCAACGGUGAUGCUUCGGAAUCGGCUCUGCUCAAAUGCGUCGAGAUGUCUAUCGGUGGUGUCACCGAGUACCGUAAACGGAAUCCCAAGGUCGCCGAGAUUCCCUUCAACUCUACCAACAAAUAUCAGGCAAGUUGACGGAUGCAUCAGUGGGCUCCCGUUCCUUACUUUUGUGUAUGGUUUAAGAGAUCCAUCAAUUUGGGCAUGUGGCUUGGGGGUUAUCUGCUAGUAGUGUUUGCCAUUUAUCCGCCAUAUUCUAUUGGUUUUUGUACCUAGGAGACUCUGCGACAUUUCGAGCCCAUGAACUUUACCAAACCGGCGGAAGACCGGUUGGAGAUUGUCAUCAAUAAAGCCAGGCGAGGCUAGAAAGAACGUGUGUGGUCCGCUCAUGCCCGCCAGGUUUGCCUACGACUUGCUAAGAAAGGCGAUUGAGACAAAUAUCACACACAGCAGUCUCCUUUGUCUUUAUUUGUAGUACUUCUUAAUUAUAGAUUGUUCAAUGUCGUGCAACCUCCCUCAAGGGCCGUGGCUAGCAGUUCGGAGGAAAAACGGCACGCCUGCAUUCCGUCCUAUGUGUUUUUGCGUUAAUAACUCUCCGGACACUUCCAACCUAGGCCACAUUGAACCCCUCACCACGGCGAAUUUGAUGCCGGGCCACACCGGGUUACUGAUCUUCCUUCCUUUUGCCAAUCGCGCCCUCCAGGUUUCGGUUCAUGACACAGAUGAUAAUGAUGAUCGUUACUUGGUCGUCAUGAAGGGAGCGCCUGAACGUAUUUUGGAUCGAUGCAGCACCAUCUUGAUCGAUGGAAAGGAUUUGGUCCUGGACGAACAUUGGAGGGACAAAUUCAACGACGCCUACCUCGAGUUGGGUGGCAUCGGCGAGCGUGUCCUUGGAUUCUGCGACCUGCGACUUCCCACUCAGGACUUCCCUAAGUAAGUAUCGUCCGUGCCCCCAUGAACACGUAGUUUUUCGGGGGCGGUUGUUUGUGUACAUGGGCGCGUCUUUUGCCUUUUUGGCAUUCCAUAGCCUCCUCAUUUCCCGUCCGACUGCAUCUCUGAGCCUUAUUUCGUCCCCUGCAUUGUCCCGCCAAGUAUUUAACCCCAUCACUAUUGUUGUGUGUUUGCAGUCUUCCUCAUGUUUGUAACUCACUCUCUUUCCUGUCGGCUUGUCUCACAGGGGCUUUGUCUUCGACGUGGAAAACCAAAACUUCCCCAUCGAUGGUCUACGCUUCGUUGGUUUAAUGUCCAUGAUUGAUCCGCCUCGCGCCGCUGUACCUGAUGCCGUAAGCAAAUGCCGAUCUGCUGGAAUCAAGGUUGUCAUGGUUACUGGUGAUCACCCGAUUACAGCAAAGGCCAUUGCUAAGGGUGUCGGAAUUAUCUCAGACGGCAACAAGACUGUGGAAGACAUUGCGGCCGAACGCGGAGUGCCUGUUAGCCAGGUUCGCACACUAACUUCUGCUGCAAUUUAUUGAAGAGGAUUUUUUGCGUUAAGGUGGAAACUACUUAUUUAUGCAUAAUUUCCUCGAAUUACGUUAACCUUUAUGCCUACUUUGUCCAGAUAAACCCACGCGAAGCGGUAGCCUGUGUUGUCCACGGUUCGGACCUGCGUGAAAUGACACCUGCUCAAAUCGAUGAAAUUUUGACAAACCACUCGGAGAUUGUGUUCGCCCGUACCAGUCCACAGCAGAAACUGAUCAUUGUCGAAGGCUUUCAACGCCAGGGUGCUAUUGUGGCCGUCACGGGCGAUGGUGUCAACGAUUCACCUGCCUUGAAGAAAGCUGAUAUUGGUAAGCUGCUGCUGCUGCUGCUGCUGCUGCCACCACCACCACCACCACCACCACCACCACCACCACCACCACGGUCAGCAGUACUUUACCGCUAUCACUUCAAGGAUUUUGAUCAACAACUCACGGCAUGUGGGUCGGUCACUGCCAAUAUUAUGUUCCCGGACUUUCAUGAGUUUGCCUUUGUUUAUCAGCUGUAAAAAUGCUUGGCACAAUGAGUUUAGGCAAAUAUCGCCACCUGACUACCUGUUCAAUCCUCACGGAGCAUAGACAGCCUAUCAGUCAAAAGUACUGCUCAAUAUGAAGUAGCAUUUGUUGCUGACCACCUCCUCGUCUACGCUCAGAUGACUGUUUGCUCCUUAGCCAUCACAGAGGGCGUUUAGCAAGCGUAUCUAACACGUGGUUUUGCAUCAGGAUCAGUCGUGAGCAUCGUUUUGGCUUGAACUGUUUCCAAGUCGCAGUUGACCAGACUGUCCCUCUCUCCAUUCAGUUCAGGCUGAGUUCAAAAGGAUGUCAAUUCACAGGCAUGACGGUAGGUAACUCAGCAAGCUAGGCUACGAUAAGUGAUUAACUACUGCCGGCCGAGUUGUCAGUGCCGUUUUGCCACUCUGCCCCUUUUUUGUGCGCGGAAGUAGUCGUUUUCAAGUGUUUACUGGCCGCGAUGUUUCUACUUACGCUCGACUCUGAACGCUGGCCUGACUUGCAUGCCGGGUACCGAGCCGUGCGCAUAGAUCCUUAUUCACCAACCGACUGAGGGUAGGACGCUAGGGUAGGCCUCCAGGUGGAGACAACAAUCUAACACUUAAGGACACACACGAUACUUCGACCGUCGUUGUGGACGAUGUCCACCAUGUGCUCCACAGCAAAGCGAUGCAGACACGAUAAAUUGUGCGCUAGUUAGUUUACGGUGAGUGUAAACUUGCGCUGCAUCUACCACACUCCUCUCCCACCUGGACCUGGUGUCAAGACAUAGUCAAGGAGACCGGAGUUGGGGGAGAACGCAGGUGUCUGGCGCGGCCGAAGCCGCCCCUAGGCGUGCCGCUACACCUAGUUCAAAUCCCACGGAGUGGAAGUGCCACAAAAGUCACAUUAAGGAGCCAUUGCAGCCUGACUCCCAGACCACCAGUCGGCUGUUCCAUCCAGACACACUAGUCUACAACGAGGUCCAUUUUAUCCCUUCAGUUGACAACCUUCCAAGCCGCGUCUUUUGGCUCACCUUGAUAGCUUCAAGCGCAUCAGAUCGUUUAUAGUGAAUAAAAUGCACUGAGUUGUCGACCUCACUCCCUUUUCCCAUUCCCAGGCCUCAGACACUGUCCGCAUACGUUCACGUAAGGAAACACACACAUCGCCAGCCUUUAUUGUCCUUGACCUGCCUUGUGCUAAGAGGUAGGGCUGGGUUGGGGCACUUCUGUCGCAAAUUUAGCCUGUUUAUGUCUCUGUCCUGUUAUUCUUACCGCUCAGCUGUCUAAGAUUCUGAAUUGGGUCGCUCAGAAUUUGAACCCAGUAGUCUCUGUAGUCAGCGUUCUGCGCAAUUUCUGUCAUCUUCGACAACUCUAUGUCGACAGGGACGUGUAAAACCAUUCACAGCUCACCGUCGUUAACCGGUCAUACCACAAUCCCAGGCUCGGAAAUAUCCUUGAUUUGAACUCGUGCCUAGUUGGUCAUUUGGUCUAACCAGUUGAGCAACGGGCCCACACCGAUUCAGCCACUGAUAUCCACCGUUCCAUUUUUUCAGGAGCUUCGGAGUACCCUUAUCCCGUCAUAGAGUUAGGCCUAAUGGAUGCGGAUCACUCCCCGCCUAGCUUUCCCACAUAAUCACUCCUCCCUAUCUCUCUGCGUGCCUUCCUAUCCAAUGUCUAACCAAUAUAUCUCCCUCCGACGUCCCUCUACACGCUGUGGGACGAAAGUAUGAAUGAUGAUGUCAAAAGUGAGAGGCGACUAAAGAGCCUAUGAGCUUGGUAGAAAGAAGAAAUACGGCUUGUCAAUUCUAAGGGCAUUUCCAUUUGCGGCUAUCUGCGCAAAGGUCCCAGUCCUGAAGAAGGAGACAUGAUCGCCGGUACAAGAGCUUUACUCGCCUGACAUUUCGGAUUUUUGCUCGAAUCCAUCAUCGGAGACAAUAACAGAUCUGCUUUACUAUAAGUAUGUUUACACGCGAGUCAUGGCUUUGCCUACCGCGGCCGACAGCGAUGGACCUCGUCGUUUGCGGCGGUCAAUCUAUCAUGUUCGUGAAAGAGAGUUUAUGACCUCCGGGUACGCAACAGGAUUUGCGCACAGGCGAAACGAAAAGUGUUCCUCUUGUGUGCGCUCUCUCCCCAUCUCUCCCUCUCUCGACUCGGAAGCGUUAAGCCUGAUCCUGUUUGCAGUUCUGAUAAUUACGGAAGAGCCCAUAGUGUGAAAAUGCCAACGCGCUUACUUCCACCUCUGGUCGUUGAUCGGGCUUAGCAUCCACCGCAAAGAGACGGUCCAUGUGUUCGCUGCAUUCACAGCGCUAAUCUUGUGGCGGUCAAGGAUGUGAGAUCAACUUAAAUCGUCUAAUGUCAGGGAGCUGUGAGGACUAGUUUAUUCUGUACACAGGGCAGGUUGCGGUAAGUUGUUGGCUGUUUGCUUGCAACAGAGAUAAGCGUCCGUUCACGGAGAGCGUCAGUCGCGGUGUGUCGUUUACACGGGGUGAAAGUCUGUGUCAGUAGGUGGGGCUGACUGGUUGAGUGCCGGUCAUGAGACUGGACGGAUUAGGGGGAAGCAUAAUUACAGAGGCUCACGGGUAUCAAGCCAGGUCGUCCGACGCGCAUGAGGUGAUAAUAGUUUGUGGGGGGGGGGGAAGCCGGGGGUCACUGCAGCUGAACAGGAGGGGCCCCAGUUCUAGCCGGCGGGGGUGGUUGUGUGUCAGCGGCCUGGCACCGAUUGUCGCGGCCAUUGACCGACAAAACGGAGCCGGAGAAAAGGGACCUGGAGCGGCUGCUACAAUCGUAGUUUCCCGCGCCAUAUAACUUGGGACGACACCGUGCUCUUCUUGCGGGGAUUGUUGUGCCUUACAUCCCGCCUGCGUCCGGGCGUAUGCGUGCGUUAUAAUGUUUAAUUUCUACGCGCUUUGAUGCUCCCAUCUGUCAGCAGUAAACGACACUGAAGAGACUGCGCAAUUGGAAGUAAUUCGGAAGACCGUAAAUACAAGCCUUUCCUCAGGCCGGCGUCUAUAAGAUUUCCCAUGUCGUACCUGGGGUUAGAAGUAAGUCGUUUUUAAACGCCUAACAAACGGACUUCACUAACCAGGUACAGCUGUGAUUGAUAGGGCUGUUGCAGUCCAAAUUUGGAUUCACUACUGCUGCUGCUGCUGCUGCCGCUUCUAACCAGCUUUUUAUUGGAGAGUCGGCAUUUUACGUCAGCAAUUGGUUGCGCUUGGAACUUCUUCAACCUUCUCAACCUGAACACUUGGUGGUCUCAUAUAAUUAGGGCCAGUUUCCACGGCCUGCAUUGGUUGACCUUCUUUGAUAUAACUGUCGACAUUGUAUGCGUGCUUUGCAAAAGUUCCCUCAUGUUUCCCAUUGUUUCAGUUACUAGGCGGUAGAAUGUCACAAACGGCAAAAUCGCAAAUAGAUUCAUCAGUGUUAGUUGUCUGUUGAUUACACGGGCCUCAGCAGAUGGAGACAGAGCACAAAACACCGUGAAUGUGAACAUCAGUAUGAGGUCGUUCCUAGAACGGCGGCAUCGCCGUCUUGCAGUCAGCACGUUUAAUCUUUUUCCGUCAUGUGUAUGCACGGUCUAGCUUAACUUAACCAUUUUAGUAGAUGCCUCAUUUGGCAUUGAUACGGCUUUCUACAUAAACUGUUUGACCACUCUGAAUCACCCUCCCUUUUCAUCGCAAUCCGAUCCUGACAGGUGUGGCCAUGGGCAUCACAGGCAGCGAUGUGAGCAAACAGGCAGCAGACAUGAUCCUUCUAGACGACAACUUUGCCUCAAUUGUGACUGGUGUCGAGGAGGGUCGCAUCAUCUUCGACAAUCUGAAGAAGUCAAUUGCCUACACUCUGACCUCCAACAUCCCUGAGAUCACACCCUUCCUGGUGUUCAUUCUCGCCGAUGUACCCUUGCCUCUCGGCGUCGUCACGAUUCUCUGCAUUGACCUGGGAACUGAUAUGGUAAGUCCGUUUGCCAAACCCAUGUUGCCAACCCUUUUGUGGAUUUACCACCUGACUUGGCGUUAUUUCCUCUUUUUUGUUUCAUCCCAGGUUCCGGCCAUCUCCUUGGCCUAUGAAGAGGCUGAGAGCGACAUUAUGAAGCGUAUGCCACGUGAUCCACUGAAAGACAAACUGGUCAACGAGCGUCUAAUCUCCAUGGCCUACGGACAGAUUGGCAUGAUCCAGGCCUCCGGCGGUUUCUUCGUCUACUUUGUCAUCAUGGCGGAGAACGGCUUCUGGCCAUCUCGUCUUGUGGGCCUCCGAAAGCAGUGGGACUCCAAAGCAGUCAAUGAUGUUGCCGAUUCUUACGGCCAGGAAUGGGUACGUCGCCUCACUCUCUCUUUCUCCCUCCCUCUCUCUCUCUCACACACACACAUACGAAAGUUCGGCGGAUGAUGUCCACCGUGUGCUCCACAACUGCGUAGAGCAGGCGCAGUGAUUUGCGCGUGAAUUAGUCUAUAGUAAUGAUGGACUUCCGCCGCAUCUACCGCACUCAAUCCUCCUCUUCCUCUCACAUCUGGACCCACUGUUAAGACAGAGUCAAAGGACCGGGGCGGGAGAGGAUUCAGUUGGCUAGUACGGCAGAAAUUCGCAUCUAGACGUACCACAACACUCCCUGGUCUAUAACAGACAGUGACCGCGAUUUUAUACAACAAGAAAAAGCGCGACGUGGGUCUGCACCCUGGGUGCGUCACCACACCCCAGUGUUAGCAUUUGUUGUGGGUACGCGUUCCCAGUGACGCCUGUCGGAUCCCGUUCCAGAUUCCGUGUUGGUCUAGUGCAUCUACCGUUUGGCCCGCUUUAGGGGGUAGCUCUCUCUCUCGCACACGAACAUCCCUUCUCCAGUCACCGCGAUUUCGCUGGUACCUGUUUGGAAGGAUUUGCAGUGAUUUAUCCCAUUGUCGACUACAAAGUGAGGGCAUAAGCACCUUUUUGUGUAAAGUGUUUGGAGUGGAUAUUUUACAGUGCUUCAAACGUUUUGCCCCUGUCAGGAUUUUCACGGAGUUAACAGUGUGUCAGAUUAAGUGAUCUUGCCAUAUAUUUAGUGAUCUCAUCUCAUUUAGUUUGCGCGCUCGUUUGAACCAUUAUAGCCUAGCUGGUGGACGGAGGAGAAGGACCGACGCCUUUCUUGCGUACUUUCAUGCUGAUUAUUUUCAUAAAAGCCCUGAUUGUUUGAAUGCUGGUUUGCCAAAAACGUCCACCAGAAGCAAGGUGUUUUCAUUUUACCCCAGACCUUUAUCAUGCCAGUUUGUUUUUGCCAUGACCAACGUCCGCGUUACAGUAGGUGGGCUAGCUUAUGAAAUGUCAACCGAAAUGCGUUUUCGUUUCGAAAAGAUUAAUUAAGUAGGGUUGUAAAACUGAUGGAACUGCAGCAUAAUUCUAUAAUAAUCCGGUUACCCCAGGAUGCCGGCUUUCGCAAGAACGUCUCUCCGGCUGCAUAGAAAAACUGUACUCUGCAAAAAGUGACUACAUAAGUAGCAUGCAUUUUUCUCACUGAUUUUCGAUGCUCUUAAAAAUUAAAUUAUAUUUCAUGGAAAACAUGCAUAAAAAUAUUCAUUCUUGCACGCAUUCGAUAGAAAAUUACGUCUUCUUCCAACUUAAUACUCGAAUAAAGGUAUAACUCCGUUUUAAAAAGACUUUUCCAAUCCCUGAAUAACUUUGAACCCGACCUGCCGUUACACGUGCAGCUGGGGUUUCCAAACUACAGGUCCUGUAUUUUCCGUGUACGGAAAACCAUACAUUUCUCUACGGUAUUAAGAGGAGACUUUAUGGGGUUCAUAAAACUUAGAAAUGGAUUUGAGCCAUAUUGUUGACCUUACAAACCACAUUGGUAAAUUCGGAGACAUGACGUUUUACGAACCACAUUUCACGGUAUUUAAAAAUCUCACAAUUAGAAACUUUUUAAAAACCGGAAUAUCCCCCGCCUUCGAGUAUAAAAUUGGAAGAAGACGUCAUUUUAUGCGGAUUGAAUAAAAGAAUGCAUAUUUUUUAUACAUUUUUUCAAUAAAAUAUAAUUGAAUUUUUAAAGGCACCGAAAAUCACCGGGAAAAAUACAUGCUACAUCCUGGGGGAACUGGGAUUAUUAUAGAAUUAUGCUGCACGUCGAUCAGUUUUACAACCCUACUUAGUUAAUCUUUUCGAAGCGAGAGCUCAUUUCGGAAUUUCGUUUGACAUUUCAUGAGUUAGCCCGCCUGUUGGGCUAAAAAAGUUAGCUUAAAUGUUGCAUAUGCAAGACCCCGUGACUGGUGUGUAUGCCUAGUUGUUCAUUCGACGAUUUCCUGGCUUCAAUCGUUGUAGUCCAGAUCACGUGUUUGUCGACUUGCGACUCCCUUUCUCCACAUGCUCGAAACUCGUUCGUCAUAUCGUAUUGGUCCCCUCGUGCCUGCCUAUGCUUACACAUUUGGCUUUGCCUUUCUGAUAUUCUCAUACUUGUAAAGAAACGUGAACUAUUCCUUGAUGACACUACUUUUGCCCUGUCUCCUUCCACUUUGUUUUAUGCCUACCUGCUUUUUUCUCUUCGCCCACACGCACACACAGACGUACAACCAGCGCAAACGUCUCGAGUAUACAUGCCACACCGCCUUCUUCUCGUCCAUCGUCAUUGUGCAGUGGACUGAUCUGCUCAUCUGCAAAACCCGCAAGAACUCCAUUUUCCAGCAGGGCAUGUGGAAUCAUUACCUCACCUUUGGUCUGUUCUUUGAAACCACCCUGGCAAUCAUCCUUUCCUACUGCCCCGGCUUGGAGCAUGGUCUGCACAUGAUGCCCCUACGGUGAGUCGGUCUCACUUCUCAUUGCUGCGCAUUCUAGGAGUUUUAGUGUACUUUCCCUUGCAGACUGAUUGUCUCUCUUGAACGGUAGGUACAUUGAGCAAAACCAGUCAGAUACACCUUGCCUGCUGCCUUUUACCGUCUCCACGCGUUCCAGAACCUCUUAGGCCUACUUUAUCACUCGUUGAGGUUUUUCAUCCCUCGCAUGUGCCAAUGUUUGCUUGUAGCAUGCGCUAGGCGAAAGUUUCAUGCCGCGUCGGCCAAUUCGUCCGAUCUAGUUGGUCAGUGUUCGGCAUGACACCGAAUUUUCGUUGUUGUUAGGAGAGCAAAGAGUGGUUUCAGCUCGACUGCAGCGCAUACCUUUUUACUAUACACAACUGAACACGCCUUCGAGUCUCACCGACUGACAGGAUAACUAAGUCCGCUCAGAACUGAUAGUCAGACUCCGAUGGAAAUUAUGUGAGAUCGGAGACUGUUUUGCAUGGUGGCGUGCUUAGGCAUGAUUGUAGUCACUGCACCCACGCCCCCCUCAGGUCGCCUUGAUCCUGUCAUCAAAUUGGAUAAUGAUUGCUACAGGCGAGCAGAAGUUUACCUGGCCAUAAACAACUUUACUCACACAAUUUAACUACUGUGCCGUCUCCGGACAGUGGUAGUCCUCAUCAAAUGGGGCGGUCAAAAUCAUUAUUGUUACAUAGUUGAUAUGUGUGAAUACCUAUACACGUGUGCAUAUGUAUGCAUAUAUUUAGUAAAAUCCUGGUUUCCUGCUCAUUAGGGACCAGCAGAAAGGAACUUUGAUCACCCGCUCCAAGCAACCGUAUUUUCGUUGAAACGUUCCGUGCGCUGCAUCUGUUGUAGUCCUUCUUCGCGGAUGCUUAGCUUCCGAGGACAAAUUCCGAACCCCUGCGCACGUGUCAUAUUACGAAGCAGCAAUGCCUACUAUCCGACCAUAAGUAUUGAUUUGCGGACGCGCGUCUGGCAGGGAAAACAGUAUGAGCGCCUACUUCCACUCACAAAAGCACUGUGCCUCCAUUCUUAGUUUUCUAGAAUAGUAAUGAGAAAGCGAACUCCUCCAUGUCUUGUUCUCUUCGCGCUUUGGUCAUUAUUCCUUAGUGCAUCACUGUUCCUCUUGUCGCUGCAGUCCCAUUGAAUUGAUGCAGUUUCUAACCCAGAACGACGGUGAUUUUAUUAUCGGUCAGUUUUGGGACCCCCUACCAUGUGAGCUUCUAAAGAUGGCGCCAAGCCUCCGGCUGACCAUUAUUAGCAUUUAAUCAGGACGCAUUCUGGCCAUGUCCUGUUGGACCACAGUCGAAGUUGGAGUUAGUUCAAACUGCAAUUUUUUAAAAUUCUUUUAGGUGGACGUGGUGGUUGCCCGCCCUGCCCUUCAGUGCUGUAAUCUUCAUCUUCGACGAGAUUCGAAAGAAGCUGUUGCGUACUCUACCACCGGGCAAUUGGGUGGAGCGUGAAACUUACUAUUAG